UCACAAAUCCUACCGCUCCGAGACAAGCCGACAAGCCAGAUCCCCGCUCUCCCCCCUCACCAACGUUUGACUGUUGUCCUGAUCGCGCUCGCCAAUCCACGCUCUAUCCCCCGCAAGCCUCUCUCUGCAUCCCUCUUUGCGACCCCUUCCACACUCAUUACCUCCCCUCUACUGCCACCCCCGACUGCCUGACGGACCAGCUGACUCUGCCACGCAGCCAACCGCUUGAACACCACAAACAACGCGCUCGCGCCUCUCGUGGACCUUUUGCGUAUCCUUCACACAGUUUCUCCAUCUAUGGCUCUCUUUGACAAGUCCCUCCCAAAGUGCGUCAACCAAAUUGAGUACAGCCGAGGUGGAAUGUGCGUGUGAACGUUAAGCUCCUCCACCAACUCUUUUACCCCUCCUCCGUUGCCUCUAGUUGCCGUAGUUGUUCCUCCUACUGCCUGCCAUACGCAGCUCGCACCCUUGCGAACGUCUUAAUCUUCCCCCGAGUUGGUCUUUGAGCCCCCCCCCCUAUUUCUUUUCUUUCGCUCGUGUUAUUUCGCCUGUACACUUGCCUGAGCGCACAUUGGUGCCGCAAGCAAUCCCUCUUCCCUCUUCUGUUGUCUCAGUACAAAUCCUCUCUUCGAGCCUUUUUAGGUUGUUUUAGCUUUGACUCCCUUGUCUUUUCUCUUUCGUGGCUCGCUUGUUGAUCCCUCGUUCACUCCCCUCGCUCCAUCCAAGCAACCGGCAUCAUGACAUCUGCUGGUCAGGCGCGUAUGCACAUCAGCCCCAUCACUCACAAGGGCCUCCGCUUCGUCAUUACGGAUCGCCCGACAGAGGAUACCCUCCCGGCCUACAUUGAGAUGCUGAAGCAGCACAAUGUGAAGCACCUUGUUCGCGUGUGCGAACCAUCGUAUCCAACAAAGGAUAUCGAGCAGGAGGGCAUCCGUGUCCACGACUGGCCAUGUGAGGACGGUGCGCCACCGCCAAAGGAUGUGCGCCAGAACUGGCUGAAGCUGUGCAACGAGACCUUUGCUGCCAACGACAAGGAUGCGAUUGCUGUGCACUGCGUUGCUGGCCUUGGCCGCGCCCCCGUGCUUGUUGCCAUCUCGCUGAUUGAGAGCGGCAUGUCCCCUGAAGAUGCUGUCAUCUUCAUCCGCAAGCACAGGCACGGCGCCAUCAACAAGCGCCAACUGCUGUUCCUGCAAGAGUACAAGCGCAGCGGCCGGGGCGGAUGCACAAUCCUGUAAUGUGCAAGCCUUUUUGUGUCGCAACUGGCAACGCUCGUGACUUUAAUUCCAAGUGCUCCUACCGACGCUUGCAUGUACUCUAAUUGUGCCGCAAGCUGUCACUGUCCCUUGUCGUGUAUGUGAACUCGUUUGUCUAGAGUGUGCGUGCGUGUGUGUAUCGCGCUGUCAUGUCUUACCCUGUGCCAUAGUUCUUGUGCUUUGUGGACGUGUGUUAUGAGUGUCCCUAAUCGCCUCGUGUCACACCAUCACCACUUGUGUGUGUUUUUGUUCCACUGUCGUCUCUGCCUCGCUGGUGAUUGGUGUCACAAUCACUGUCUGUGUCCGUACCACGUUGUCCCAUCAUGUCAUCAUGCCGAACAACACCAUCAACGUUGUUCUUCCUUCCUUCCUUCCUUCCUUCCCUUUUUCUUUUCCCACGAUCAUUACCACCCUUUCUUUGUUUGUUAGCUUGCUUGCGUGCGUGUCACCACGCAACUUGCAGUAAACCAACACCUAUACAUCCUGUGCUUCCUGCGUGUGGCCUGUGUUUUGCUGUUCGGGAAGUUUACACCCAGACACACAACACAGAAUCAAACGAAUGUAAAACCAG